AUGGAGGCAUUGAAUAUUUUGUAUGGAGAGACAUUCACUUAUUUAGCCGCGAACAGAUUACAUCCCGACGAAAGCGGCAUUAUCCCAAAUUACAGCAGCGAAUUUCUCCAGAAUUUAAAUCCACCAGGAAUGCCCUUAUUCAGGAUAAAUCUUAAAAUUGGAUGCCCAAUUAUUUUGAUGAGAAAUCUGUCUCCAUCUGAGGGUCUUUGUAAUAAUAUCAGACUAUUGGUUACUAAAUGUGGUAAACACGUACUACAGAUGAAAAUUCUAACAGGACAUAAAGCAGGAGAGACGGUAUUGUUACCAAGGACAUCAUUUCAACCAUCGGUUUCAGAAUUGAACGUAAACAUGACAAGGCGUCAAUUUCCAGUCAGGGUAGAAUAUGCAAUGACAAUUAAUAAAUCACAAGGACAGUCUGUUAAGUACGUCGGCAUAGAUGUAAAAACUCCUGUGUUCAGCCAUGGCCAGCUUUACGUGGCUUUAUCAAGAUGCACUGCUGCCAAUAGAAUAAUAGUACUUCUCGAAGACAAUGCUGAAGAACUUAAAACAACUAACAUUGUAUUUCCAGAAGUUCUACUAUAA